UCCAGUGACUUCUAAACAGCGGACAGUAAGCAAGUCCUCUUUGCAUGUCAUUCCUGUCGCCAUAUUCUCCUCCCUGGGGUCAAAAAGAGCUGCCAGUCUCCCUACUACCCCUACUUAUCUGCUCAGCCUGGUUGCAGUGUAGCUACCACCAUGAGCAGUGCCACUUACCACAUCUCCAGCUUGCUGGAGAAGAUGACAUCGAGUGACAAGGACUUCAGAUUUAUGGCCACUAAUGAUCUUAUGCUAGAACUGCAAAAAGACUCCAUCAAACUGGAUGAGGACAGUGAGAGAAAAGUGGUGAAGAUGCUUCUUAAGUUGCUGGAGGAUAAAAACGGAGAAGUGCAGAACUUGGCAGUGAAGUGCCUGGGUCCUCUAGUGGGAAAGGUGAAAGAAUAUCAGGUAGAGACCAUAGUGGACACGCUAUGUAGCAACAUGUUAUCAGAUAAGGAACAACUGAGAGAUAUCUGUAGCAUUGGUUUAAAGACUGUCAUAUCUGAACUCCCCCCAUCAAGUGCAGGGUCAGUGCUGGCUGCUAACGUGUGCAGGAAAAUCACUGGUCAGCUGACCGAAGCCAUCGGGAGACGAGAGGAUGCAGCAGUGCAGCUGGAGGCUCUGGACAUCUUGUGUGACAUGUUAGGAAGGCUUGGCGGAAGCCUCUUCACUUUCCAUCCCUCCAUCCAAAGUUGCCUUCUGCCCCAACUCACUAGCCCCCGGCUUGCUGUUAGGAAGAGGGCGGUCCUGGCUCUUGGGUACCUAGUGCACACCAGCAGUGCGACUUUGUUCACUGAACUUAUAGAACAUCUCGUGAGCGAAAUGAAAAAGAACAAGUCUACUUCGACUACAAGGACCUACAUUCAGUGUGUGGCAACCAUCAGCUGGCAGGCAGGGCACAGAAUAGGCCCGCACCUAGAGAGGAUUGUCCCUCUGGUUGUGGGGUUCUGUAAGGUUGAGGAUGAUGAGCUACAGGAGCAAUGCUUCCAAGCACUUGAGUCCUUCAUCAGACGCUGCCCCAAAGAGAUCUCUUCAUAUGUCCCCACUGUGAUUGAGCUGUGCCUAAAAUACAUUGCAUAUGAUCCCAACUACAAUUAUGACAGUGAAGAGGAGGAUGAGACCAUGGAGACAGAAAGUGAAGAAGAACAAGAAAGUGACAAUGAGUACAGUGACGAUGACGAUAUGAGUUGGAAGGUUCGGCGUUCUGCAGCCAAGUGCUUGGAAUCUCUGGUCAGCUCUAGGAUGGACCUGCUUCCUGAAUUUUACCGCACUGUGGCCCCUGCAAUUGUUCUGCGAUUUAAAGAGAGAGAAGAGAAUGUUAAAGUGGAUAUCUUCUCUGCGUACAUUGCUCUACUGAGGCAGACACGCUCUGCACAGAGCUGGAAACAGAUCCCCGAGGAUUCAUGCAAAGGAGAUGCUACACUUAGUGCACUGCAGAAUCAGGUUCCAACCGUGAUGAAGUGUUUGCACAAACUUCUAAGGGACAAGAGUAUCAAGUCCCGUCAGGGCUGCUUUGCUGUACUCACGGAAUUAACCAGUGCUCUGCCAGGCUGUCUGUCCCAGCAUAUCCCAACUCUCAUCCCAGGACUUGUAUUUUCCCUUACUGACAAAACCAGCAGCUCCAACAUGCGCCUGGACACUCUAAGCUUUCUUCAUGUCUUGCUCUGCAGUCACCCGCUGGGAUGCUUCCAGUCGCACCUUCCUUCAAUUUUGCCUCCAGUAGUUACUUGCAUAUCUGACCCUUUCUACAAAAUAACUUCUGAGGCCCUGCUUGUGGCCCAGCAGCUGGUUAUAGUGAUGCGGCCGUUGGACCAGGCUAAAUCCACUCCCCCCUCACCUUAUCUAAAAGAGUUAUUCAGCGCAACCCUAAAGAGGCUACAAGCAACAGACAUAGAUCAGGAGGUGAAGGAGCGGGCUCUGUCCUGCAUGGGGCAGCUCAUUUGCCACCUAGGCGAUCAGCUGGGAGGUGACCUUCAGCCCACCCUCCAGCUUAUCCUAGAACGGCUCCGUAAUGAGAUCACACGACUCACAGCUGUGAAAGCACUUACCCUUAUUGCAGGAUCUCCACUGAAGGUAGACUUAAGGCCACUACUUAAAGAUGCCUUGCCCAUCCUAGCCUCCUUCCUGCGCAAAAACCAGCGUGCACUGAGACUUGGUACUCUUUCUGCCCUAGGGGUGCUGGUUAAGAAUUACAGUGACUGCCUGAAACCUCCCAUGGUGGACCCCUUGCUAGGGGAGUUGCCCACACUCUUAGCUGAGUCAGAUAUGCACGUGGCUCAGGUCACUGUGGACUUCCUGAUAAUCCUAGUUACAGCACAUCCAGCGUCCCUCCCUAAAUUGGCUCCUUGUGUCCUCCCCCAGCUGUUUCAACUAGUUCACUCACCCCUCCUACAGGGUGGUGCCCUCACUUCCAUUCUUUCCUUCUUACGUGCACUGGUUCAAAGCCAUACCCCUCACCUUGGCUAUGCAGAAAUCCUAAAGCAGUUGACAGCACCUGUAUAUUCUUCAGGGCCAACACUUCACAAACAGUCCUUCCACUCUGUCGCUAAAUGCGUAGCCGCUCUGGCAGGGGUUUGUCCCAAGGAGUCGGCAUCCUCCAUCAAUCAGUUUAUCCAAGAUGCUAAGAACCCACGAGUUGGAGAUUCUGUAAAAGUAUUGGCCUUUCUAACUCUAGCAGAGAUCGGGCAUGAAAGAAGCUUGGGAGCUCAUCAGAAAGAGCUAAAAAGUGUAAUUCUGGAAGCAUUUGCAUCAUCCAGUGAAGAGGUUAAAUCUGCAGCCUCCUACGCAUUGGGAAAUGCAAGUGUAGGGGGCCCCGCUGACUUUUUACCAUUCUUACUUCAUGAGAUUGGGGGUCAGCCUCGGAGGCAGUAUCUCCUGCUACAUUCACUCAAAGAAGCUCUUACGUCUCUCCCCAGUGAGGAGCUAAGGCCUUAUCAGGAAGAUGUUUGGGGUCUGUUACUGCAGCACUGUGAAGCACCAGAGGAGGGAACAAGGAAUGUAGUGGCCGAAUGCCUCGGGAAACUAACUCUGGUGAACCCUGCUCAGCUGCUACCCAGAUUGUGCAAGCAGCUUGCCUCAGGUUCUCCAUACACCCGAAGCACUGUAGUCACUUCCAUCAAAUUCACCAUAUCGGACCAGCCGGCACCAAUUGAUACCUUGCUCCAGGGAUGCAUAGGAGAUUUUCUAAAGACCUUACAGGACUCUGAUGCCAAUGUACGCCGUGUGGCACUGGUCAUGUUUAAUUCUGCAGCUCACAACAAACCAUCUCUUGUUAGGGGAUUGCUGAAAAAGGUCCUACCCCCUCUGUACAAUGAGACCAGAGUCAGAAGAGAGCUGAUCCGGGAGGUAGAGAUGGGUCCCUUUAAGCACACAGUUGAUGAUGGUCUGGACGUGCGGAAAGCUGCCUUUGAGUGUAUGUAUACACUGCUAGAGAGCUGCCUGGACCAGCUGGAUAUCUAUGAGUAUUUAAACCAUGUGGAGGAUGGACUCAAAGAUCAUUAUGACAUUAGGAUGCUGACCUUCAUUAUCCUCACACGCUUGUCCGCACUAUGUCCUAGCGCUGUACUCCAGCGCUUAGACCAACUGAUUGAGCCACUUAGGGCCACCUGCACAACUAAGGUGAAAGCCGGAUCUGUCAAGCAAGAGUUUGAGAAACAAGAUGAAUUGAAACGAUCAGCAAUGCGAACUAUAACUGCACUGCUGUCAGUCCCAGAUGUGGAGAACAGCCGGCCUAUGUCAGACUUCUUGUCUUAUAUAAGAGCCAACCCAGAGUUGUCCUCACUGUUUGAGAACAUCCAGAAAGACUCAGUGACAGUGUGCAGCCCAGAGGCCAUGGAUAUAAGCUAAACCUCUGCAACACCUUCCCACGACACUGUGCUGCUUCAUAACCCAAAGAGCAUCAUCUGCUGGUGUCCCAAAGCUGCACUGGGAGAACUGUGACUAAGACACUAAAAGGAGCAAGCAGGCUAUGCACAUAGCAAAAUGGCCGCCUUGACAGUUCACAACACGCUGCAACGUUAGCAAAGACACCAAACUGUUACAUAAAGUUAGAGACCGAGUUUCAUGGUGACACAAAGUUAUAAAUAUCAGAAAACUGAAACGAGGCAUUUUUUUUCUGCUUUAAAAAAAAAAAAAGUAGGGGUUUAUAAUCCUGCUUUAAGGUGAAAACGUGCAACUUACAGUACAGCUCCGCAUGUAGACCUUUGAGUUUAUAGUCCUGGUUUGUGAAGAACUUAAUGCAGGAAUAUAUAGACAAGAGUAUUUAUUUGGAAUUCUAGCUUAAUUCUAUGCACUUAACCAUGAAUGUGCCAUUUGCAGUUGAUUCUUUAUGUAAGAGAAAUCUUAGAACAUUUGAUUUCUUGCAUGUCCACUGAAUGUAACCUAAUCAAGCCAUAGGAAAGGACAGACUAGAGAUACCGGCCACAAUCUGUACAUCUCAUUGCAAACCUUAGUUUAAGCAAUUAUCUUAAAGGGACAGUCUAGUCAAAAUGAAACUUUCAUAAUUCAGAUAGGACAUGACAUUUUAAACAACUUUCCAAUUGACUUUUAUAAUCAAAUUUGCUUUGGUCCCUUGGUGGUAUUUUUGAAAAGCUAAACCUAGGUAGGCUCAAACUGAUUUCUAAACCGUUGAAAACCGCCUCUUAGCUCAGAGCAUUUUGAAAGUUUUCCACAGUUAGACAGUACUAGUUCAUGUGUGCCAUAUAGAUAACAUUGUGCUCACUCCCGUGGAGUUAUUUAGGAGUCUGCACUGAUUGGCUAAACUACAUAUCUGUCAACAGCACUGAGAUAAGUGGGCAAGUCUGCAGAGGCCCAGAUACAAGGUAAUCACAGAUGUAAAACAAAUAUUGGUAUAACUAUGUAUGCAGAUUGUCUAUCUUUUUAAACAAUAAAAAUUCUGGUGUAGACUGUCCCUUUAAGGGUGGAGCCCAGCAUACUCUGGGGCAAUGAUGGCGAACCUAGGCACACCAGAUGUUUCAGAACUACACCAGAUGUUUCAGAACUUCAGAACUGUCCAGUUGAGCAUCAUGGGAAAUGUAGAUCUUGAGUGCUAAGGUUCGCCAUCACUGUUCUAGGGAAACAAAUGUUAACUUGGCUAUUGUUUAAUUUAAAGUUGCCAAGCCUUUCACUUGUACGCAAAAUUUCAGUUAUAGUAACAUUCUAAUAAAAGAGUAUUGCAAUUUCCCUCUCACCUAUGUAUUUAGGCCCUGAUGAAAUUAACUGGCAGUCACAGCUAUUGUUGCCAAGAAAAGUGCAGGCCACAAGCGUUUUCAAAUUAGUGCUCUACCCUUACCUGGAGAGGCGGAGCAGUUUGUUUGAAUGUGCUGUUAACACGGCAACCGUUUUUCCCUCUUUUCUACUAGCACUUAAAGACAGCCAGCCACUAUACAGAGCCUUUCCAGCAUCAUCACACAAGUAGACGGCAUGUGCUGUUAGUGCUAAUGAAAGCAGUGUCUAUUCAGUCCCUUAAAAAGGGGAUUAAAAAAACAAGUUAAUAUUUAGGAUAGUCUUGUUUAUCACCUGCGCUAGAAGGCUGCCUUAUGUUUAACGUUUUUAUUGUUUGAAACGUACCUGAUAUUCUGAAAAGUGCUACCUUUGUGACAUUGUGUAUUUAUAAAAUGACACCUAUAUGCUCAGAAA